GAGGAGAAGGAGGAAAAGGAAGAGGAGAAGGAGGAAGAGAAUGAGGAGAAGGAGAAGAAGGAGAAGAAGAAGGAGAAGGAGCAGAAGAAGAAGGAGCAGAAGAAGAAGGAGAAGGAGGAGAAGAAGGAGAAGAAGGAGAAGAAACAGAAGAAGGAGAAGAAAAGGGAGAGGAAGGAGGAGGAGAAGAAGGAGAAGGAGCAAAAGGAGAAGAAGAAGAAGAAAGAGAAAAAGGAGGUGGAGAAGAAGGAGCAGAAGAAGGAGAAAGAGCAGAAAGAGAAGACGAAAAGAAAAAGAAGAAGGAGAAGAAGAAAAGGGAGAAAGAGGAGCAGAAGGACAAGAAGAAGAAGUUGGAGGAAGUCAAACAUGGCAUAA